UCAAAAUGCAGCUGUGUAGAUAACAACCAUAAGCUAGAUUUCCAUGCCAUUGUCCCUUUGGCUACGCCUGACGCACAAUAUUGGGUUGAGGAAGAGCAACUUAUAUACCAAAAACUUCGGGAGGAGAGAAAGUUGAGAGAGGAAGCUAUACGUGCAAAGGCUGAAAAAACAGCACGAAUGAAAACUUUGAAAUCAUUUUUGCUAUCUCAAAAGCACAUCGUCUUCACUUAGCCUCUUGAUAUUCAAGCAGGGAGUACAGUGACAGUGUUUUAUAACCCCUCAAAUACAAAUCUGAAUGGCAAACCUGAAGUUUGGUUUAGAGGCUCAUUUAAUCGCUGGUCUCAUCGUAAUGGUCCAUUGCCACCUCAGAGAAGAGAAUGGCACACACGUCAAAACAUCAGUUAAAGUUCCACUGGAUGCAUACAUGAUGGACUUUGUAUUCUCUGAGAGUGAAAACGGUGGAGUUUUUGAUAACAAAUUUGGAAUGGAUUACCACAUACCUGUUUUUGGAAGCAUUGUGAAGGAACCUCCUUUGCAUAUCAUUCAUAUUGCUGUUGAAAUGGCCCCAAUUGCAAAGGUUGGAGGCCUUGGUGAUGUUGUUACUAGUCUAUCCCGAGCAGUUCAAGAUUUAAAUCACAAUGUGGAUAUCAUCCUUCCAAAGUAUGACUGCUUGAACCUUAGCAAUGUAAAGGACUUUCAAUUUCACAAAAGCUAUUUCUGGAGUGGGACUGAAAUAAAAGUAUGGCACGGAAAGGUCGAAGGCCUCUCUGUCUACUUCUUGGAGCCUCAGAAUGGGUAUAAGCUCUCGAUCUUGAUCUCUUUCUUACAAACUUAAA